AAAUGUUUUCCUUCAUUUUUUACAGCUUUAGGGGUAGUACCACCUCCUGAAAAUGUCAGGAUGAAUUCAGUUAAUUUCAAGAACAUUCUGCAAUGGGUCUCGCCUGCUUUUACCAGAGGGAACCUGACUUUCACAGCCCAGUACCAUAGUUAUAAGAAAUUCCAAGAAGUAUGCAAGAGCACGGCCUCCACGGAAUGUGAUUUCUCAAAUCUUUCCAAGUACGGGGACCACACCUUGAGAGUCAGGGCAGAGUUUGCAGACGAGCAGUCGGACUGGGUAAACAUCACUUUCUGUCCCGUGGAUGACACCAUUAUUGGACCUCCUGCAGUACAUGUAGAAGCACUUGCUGAUUCUUUACAGAUGCGCUUCUUAGCCCCUAAACUUGAAAAUGAACCCUACACAUGGACCAUGAGGAAGAUUUAUGACUCGUGGGUUUAUAAUGUGCAAUUCUGGAAAAACGGCACUGAUGAGAAGUUUCAGGUCACUGUUCAGUACGACUUUGAGACCAUCCGGAACCUGGAGCCAUGGACAACUUACUGCAUUCAAGUUCGAGGGUUUCUUCCUGAUCGGAACAAAACUGGGGAAUGGAGUGCGCCUGUGUGUGAGAGGACAGCCGAGGACGACACGACUCCGUCUUGGCUGGUGGCCUUCAUCCUUAUAGUCUCGGUCUUUGUGGUCUUGCUCGUGCUCCUGGGGUGCUUUGCCUUGCUGUGGUAUGUCUACAAGAAGACCAAGUACACCUUCUCACCCGGGAGUUCUCUUCCACAGCACCUGAAGGAGUUUUUGGGCCACCCACAUCAUGGCACACUUCUGGUUUUCUCCUUCCCACUCUCCGGUGAGAGUGAAGUUUUCGACAAACUAAGUGUCAUUACAGAAUCCUCUGAAAACAGCAAGCAGAAUCCUGGUGACAAUUGCAGCCUUGAGGCCCCAUCUGGACCAGGACCCCCAGAGCUACCUUCCAAGGAGGAAACCUACUCAGCAGUACCUACUGAUCCUCCUCUCCCCGAGUCUGCCUCAGAGGGAGAUCAGCAGGACCACCUGAGCAAACACCAGAUCUACAACUCUCAGACAGUGGACUUGUCCAGACAACCAGAGGACUAGCUUGUAGCCAGGUGUGGUGGUGACGCCCGCCUACAUUCCUAGCACUGGGGAAGCUGAGGUAGGAGAAUGUCCACGAGU